AAAAAAAUCCCUGAUUUGGUCCCUACUGUUUACCAUUUUUACCCCGAUUUGGUCCUUCCGUUAAAAACUGUGUGACGUGGCAUGUUGCUUAACUGUUACCAGAUGACAUGUCAUAUAGCAAUCCACGUGGAAGACCAAAAAGCCUGGGUUCCUUCGAACCCACCCAGGCGCUGGGUUUGCAAGGAACCCAAGCGUGCUGGGUUCGCGUCUGGUGUUGGGUUCGCGUCUGGUGCUGGGUGCGCGUCUGGUGCUGGGUGCGUGUCUGGUGCUGGGUUCGCUAGGUUCGCGUCUGGUGGGUUCGCGUCUGGUGCUGGGUUCGCUGGGUUCGCGUCUGGUGCUGGGUUCGCUGGGUUCGCAUCUGGUGCUGGGUUCGUGUCUGGUGCUGGGUUCGCGUCUGGGUUCGCACCGAACCCAGCAUGCCUAGGUUUGGUGGAACCCAAGCGUGCUGGGUUCGCGUUUGGGUUCCUACAAACCCAGCACGCUUGGGUUCACAAGGAACCCAGGUGUUGGGUUCAUUUGCAGGUGCUGGGUUCGAUUUCGAACCCAGCAAGCGUUGGGUUUGAGCAGCUGCUGAGUUCUUGCAAGUGAGGCUCUGGGUUUCGUUUCGAACCUAGCAGCCGUUGGGUCAAAUAUAUAUUGAGUUUAAUCUGUUGAUUUGUUGUGUUAUCUUCGAAUUUAAUAUUAGGAAUUAGGGUUUGCAGAAGGUUAAAGGAAAGGGAGAGGAAGAAGAAAGGGAAAAAGGAAAAACAAAUGAAGAAAAAAAAAAAGAAUAAGAAAUUUUUUAACAUUUU